AGCUUUUUCCCGUGAAGAAGACGUUGCCGCGCCAGCCAAUUGUUUGUUUUGCCCCCCGCUCAUUUUCCCCCGCCCCGCGUGCCGUUGACCGUCGCGAACAAAGAGUGGAAAAUUUCCAAUUCAGCAGAAAAAUCCUUUGUUGUUUCGAAGUAUCUAGUGGAAGGAAAACCGAAAGAACUUCUGCGAUUGCCAAGAAAAGAACGUCUUUUCUGGCCCCAAAUUCUGAUUGUUUCGGAUUUGAUUUUUUUUGGAUGGGUGUGAAGCGUAGUAUGCAAGAGAACUGCUGCAACAAGGACUGCCUGGGUCUCCGAAAGCGUGUCUGUGGUCUCCAUCAAACCUUCAAGUGGCUGCACCAGACCCCCGCUCUGCACGAGUACCUGAUCUCCGCCAGUUCGGUUGCUGCAAACACAGGCAAGGCGAGCGAGCCCAGAGCAACAACAGUCUAAAGUCCACCUAAGA